UUUCUGCAAAGCAGGUGUCUGCUACUUCCGGUAUACACUAAUUUAUGAACUUCAUGAAGAGAGAGCAGUUUAGAGGGAUAAACUGCAUAUGUCAUGCAAAUUCUGAGAAGCUGAGUUUAUUAUAAUAAUUGAAUAUUUACUCCGUGGUGUGGUCUCAAAAUGGAGUUUGCCGAGUUCAUCACCACUCCUAUGGUAGACAAUGUUACCCUCUACAGACCAUUCAAAGUGCCUGACAAUGGGACCCUCUGCAUCACAGGCCACCACAUGAUAUUUUCCACCAGACAAAAGGAAAACCAUGAGGAAUUAUGGCUUUUGCAUAGUGCUGUGGAUGCAGUGGAGAGAAAACUGAUCCAAUCCAAUGGUAAAUUCUCCAUCAUCCUCAAAUGUAAAGACUUCAAGCUGUUAUCACUGGAAUUUGAAACUGUGGAGGCUAUGAACAGUGUAGCCUCUUCCAUUGAACAACUCUCAAAUAUUGAUGAUGUGACCUUGAAAUAUCCCUUUUUCUAUCGAGCCAUGUUUGAACCUUUAGAAGAUGGGUGGCAAGCAUUCCAACCAGAAAACGACUACCCAAGAUUUAAAGAAUGUGCAGAUGAAUGGAGAGUGACAAAUAUCAACAGAGAAUACAAAAUCUGUCCUUCUUACCCUCAUUCCCUCAUUGUUCCAAAGUCUGUGGAUGAUGAGACCAUCAUGAAGGCCUCACAGUUCCGUCAACAUGGCCGCUUCCCUGUUCUGAGCUACUACCACAGACAGACAAAGGCUGUAAUGAUGAGGUGCAGUCAGCCUUUGACCGGACCAAACAACAAGCGAUGCAAAGAGGAUGAAAAACUUCUAAAUGCUGUACUGGGCAUUGGAAGGAAAGGUUACAUCAUUGACACAAGGUCUUUGGCUGCUGCCAAGUCCUCUCAGGCUAAAGGUGGAGGUUAUGAACCAGAUGCCCACUACUCACACUGGAGAAGAAUCCACCAAAGCAUUGAGAAAAGACAGACAUUUCACGAGUCCUUGAUCAAAAUGCUAGAAGCAUGUACUGAUGAUGGCUGCAGUAUGGACAAGUGGCUGUCAAAGUUAGAAUCCAGCAACUGGCUCACACAUGUCAAGGACAUUUUGACUUGUGCUUGUACUGUGGCACAGUGUAUUGACUCAGAGGGAGCCAAUGUUCUUGUUCAUGGAUCAGAAGGAUUUGACAGCACACUGCAGAUUACCUCCCUUGUACAGAUUGUUCUUGAUCACGACUGUAGAACCAUCAAUGGAUUUGAGGCCCUGGUUGAGAGAGAGUGGUUACAGGCUGGUCACCCUUUCAACGACCGCUGUGCCAAGUCUGCCUUUGCUGUAUCCAAGAACAGACAGGAAGCUCCGGUAUUCCUACUCUUCCUGGACUGUGUGUGGCAGAUUUGGCAACAGUUUCCAUGUUCCUUUGAAUUCAAUGAGGACUUUUUGAUCACUUUAUUUACCCAUGCAUAUUUCUCAGACUUUGGAACAUUUCUUUGUAACAGUGAAAAAGAGAGGAAGAGAUACAAAUUAUCAGAAAGAACUGUUUCUCUGUGGACUUAUUUGACAAGACCAGAAGUUUUAGAGCAGUUCCUAAAUCCAAUGUAUGAUCCUAAUCCUCUAGUUAUCUGGCCAUCAGUCGCACCACAAAGCUUGGGCCUGUGGUCACGUUUGUAUCAAAGGUCGUAUGUCAAGGACAACAAACAGAAGGAAGCAUGGAAUGAAAUCAACAAGAUUCAAACUCAUGACAAGGAACUAAGGUCAAGGGUUGCUAAACUUAGAAGGUUAUUAGCCUCACUGGAGAAGGAAGCUGUGGCUUCGGGGGUCUUCAUGCCCACAGAUCUAGACGGAGACUGCACAGUGGAAGAGGCCUAGUGAUAGAUAGAAAAAUAAGUGCAAUAAAACUUAAUGUGUCAAUUAGGGUGAAGUGCAAUAAAAGAUAUUAGCAAAACAAUCUGCUUAUUGGAUGAAAGAUGAUUGUUAGCCAUAAAAUGGUUAUAAUCCCUAUCAGUGGAAAGAAAUUACCCCAUCUAGUAUAGAUGGAGUUGUUAGUAAUGAGUUGGCCAAAACUAAUUUUUUUUUAUAUCGGGAAUUUAAUGGAGCAAAGUACAUUCCAUGUAUAAAUUUUCAGAUAUAAAAAGUUUAUAAUGAUAUUAUAGAUUUACUUGACAAUGUUUCUUGUCAAUUUCAUGUGUCGGUUGAUUUUUGUGUAAAUCUUCCAUGGACAUUUAUGAUAAGAUUACAUGGCUAAAUUAUUUUUAAACGGAAACAUUUUAGAAAUUUACGGUAACCUUUUAAAGAACAGGUUUUCAAGUGGUUAUAGAUUUGUUGUAAUUAUUUUGAAGAUAAGCCAAAGGAAAUGAUUUAUUUCGUUCCUGUAUUUAAUUAGUACAUGUACUAAUUAUUAGAGCUACAGCUAUUUAUAUGCGCAUGUAUUUGUACAUGUGUGUAUCACAUAAAACCACUGUGAUAUACAUGUACUGUUAUAUAAAGUUAACUUAAUUCAACUAUAUUGAAGCUGACAAAAAAUUUCUCUGGCAUUUGCUUUUCAUCAUAUUUACAUAUUUUACAGUUCUUUGCAUACAAUAAUAAAAUGUCUCACUAGUAACAAAAUUGCCUAUGUUAUAUGUACAUGUAUAGCCUUGCUUAAGGUCCUGUGUUGAUUUUCUGUUGAGAUGAAUAUAGUAAAAACACUUGUUCUUAUUUGUUAUUAUAAUAUAUAUUAGUGAAUAAAUAUAAAUAUACAUACAUGUA